AUGCGGUUCAUACUUGCCUUGAUUUGGGUGACCCUAACUACAGCGUCGACCAUACAUUAUACACCCAACGAGAUACUGCUUACCAAAUUAGAGAGUGCAACGCUAGAUAAAAAGGACACGGCACCGGCUAAUACGCAAUAUCACGAACAGGAUUCGAAUGGCUUUUAUUCGUAUGGUUACAGUGCUGAUCAAUCUGCUAAAGCUGAGUACCUAACCCUGGACGGUUCAUCGCGCGGUUUUUAUUCGUAUGUUGAUGCAGAUGGAAAGCUGCAGACAGUCAAGUAUGAGGCCGGACGCAAUCAGGGGUUUAAGGCUGCCGCUACCAACUUGCCAAAAGCCCCAAAGAAUCCCAACAGAUUUGCACCACUGCCGGUGAGAGAUACGCCUGAAGUACAGGAAGCCAAGAAGGCGCACUUCGAGGCAUACCGGGAAGCAGAACUAAGAGCGGCAUUAGCGUCACAAAAUGAAGCUGUACAACUCGGUGAGUUAGGAUUGGAAGGACAACAAAAGUCUGAACGGCCGCAACAAGAGGUGGCGAAUAUUUUGGAGAGUACCAGAAGCAAAAUAUUGGCAAUAUUAUCAGAAAGCGCGAAUACCGACAACAAUAACUUGAAUGUUGGGGCAACAGCUGAAAUUAGUGUUGGAUCAGCUCAGGAUCAAGAAGAAGAUACUGAAAAUACCGAUGGAGAAGGUGAUAAUGGUCUACUAACAUUAGACAACGUGCAAGGUGCACAAGAUGAAAGUGAAGGUAACGAGGACGAAGGAAACGCUAGUGGUGGAGACAAUAUUGCCAUUGAAAAUGGUGAGGGUGAAAACGAAGCUGGCGAGUUAUCUAAUGCCGACCGACAAAUGACGUCUUAUAAGCUCAGCGAUUUAUUAGGCCCAAUCGACCAACUCAAUUCACGAGCAUUGUACACAUUCGAAAGCGAUGGUCACUCGAGUGGACUCACACAACUACAAGAGAAAUCGGACUUAGCUUUGAGGCAGCCCAAGCUUACUACUAUCGAAACUGUUCGCGUGCCAGUGCACUCGUAUUAUACAGUUUUGGCGCCGACAACAAAGUACACUGUGAUUACACCCACAACGCACCAAUUGGUUCCGCGAGAGGAGGCACUGAAACGCGGUCAAAGUCUGCCGAUUUCCCUGAGCAGUUCCUUCUUAUCACACCGUCUAAGAUCGAAAUAA